UAAUACAAAUUUUUAUUGUCAGGCCCAAAAGUAGUUAGUAAGAGUACAUAUUUGUAAAUGGGCCAGAUAAAGAGGCUUCUCUAAUCUCCUCCACCCGAAGAAACUAUUCCGACGACUGAGACUGAGAUAGAAGAUGGCGAACAAGCUCAUCGGAGAAAUAGACCUUCACAAGAGAAUUUCAAACAUUUUCGCCGCGCGAAACAUCAUCACCGCCAAGGAUGCAUUGUCUAUGACGGAGUUUGAGUUGAUGGAGCUUCUAGACGUUGGAAUGAAGGAGAUACAAUCAGCUGUUAGACUCAUCAGCGAAGCUGCCUCUCCUCCAUGUCAAUCCGCUCGAUCUUUGCUGGAGCAGAAGGUCGAAAACGAGUAUCUAUUGGGGCAUCUUCCUACCCAUUUGAAGGGGUUGGACUCAGCCUUGUGUGGUGGCAUACCCUUUGGUGUUCUUACUGAGUUGGUAGGCCCACCUGGUAUUGGUAAAUCACAGUUUUGCAUGAAGCUUGCUCUAUCAGCUUCGUUUCCUAAAGCUUAUGGAGGUUUAGAUGGUCGUGUGAUCUACAUAGACGUUGAGUCCAAGUUUAGUUCAAGAAGGGUGAUAGAGAUGGGAUUGAAGAGCUUCCCUGAAGUGUUUCACCUUAAAGGAAUGGCACAAGAGAUGGCAGGAAGAAUCCUUGUGUUGCGGCCAACAUCUUUAUCCGACUUUACUGAAAGUAUACAAGAACUCAAGGAAUCGAUUCUUAAAAACCAAGUGAAGCUGCUAGUGAUUGAUAGUAUGACAGCUCUUCUUUUAGGAGAAAACAAACCUGGAGCUCAGAGACAGCAACAUCAGUUGGGUUGGCAUAUUUCUUUCUUAAAAUCGCUUGCUGAGUUUGCACGGAUUCCUAUAGUGGUGACUAAUCAAGUUAGAUCUCAAAACCGAGAUGAGACUAGUCAGUAUUCGUUCCAAGCUAAACUGAAAGAUGGAUUUGAAGAACACACAAGGACGUAUGAUUCUCACCUCGUUGCUGCUUUAGGGAUCAACUGGGCUCAUGCUGUAAACAUCCGGUUGGUUCUUGAAUCCAAGUCCGGUCAGAGAAUCAUCAAGGUUGCAAAAUCUCCUAUGUCACCUCCUCUAGCGUUCCCGUUCCAUAUAACUUCAGCUGGAAUCUCAUUGCUGAGCGACGACGGGACUGAGCUGAAAGGCCCAGGAAUCAACAACAUUCAUGCUCGAGGGCACAGCGACGUGAUUAACUUUAACGGGGACUGCUCGUAAUGGAAUAAAGCAAGGGCGAAUCAAAGGCGUGGUGAUACAAAAACCAAUAGUAGUAGGUCAUUAGUUCAAUUAAACUUUCUUAGGAAAAGCUAAUGUUUUAGACAGUUUAACCGGCACUGCUUUCACAAUAUUACAGUCUAUUUAUUAUUUGAUAAAGAGUUGUCCUGUAUUUUUUUUAUAUAUACGUUGUCAGUAUCCAAAUACUUAAUACUAAGAUUAUAACAAAGUAAA